AUGAAUUAUGCUAAUCCAUUUUCUUUAUCAUCUCAUGGAAGCUUCCUAAGUCCCAAAGAGAACCCUAGCUUUUUAACUAGCUUUCUCUCUCAAAAUCAAUCAAUCAGAUCAGUCCAAUCAAUUCCCACCAAGAUGAGUUUCAUAUCACAUCAAAAGAAUCCAAAGAAAUCCGAUUUAGUAUCUCCCAGAUCCAAGAUUGUGACCUUGCAUGAGGAUCGCAAAAUUUAAAAGAAGAAUGUAGAAAGAGUCAAAUACGUUUCGGAGCAUUCCACUACACCUUACUUGUACAUUUCAAAAAAACAACCUUAAAUUCGCAUUCCAAUACUUCCCAAACUGACACCUGAACCUAAAAUAGAAGUAUAAAGAAUGCCUUAUAUAAAUAUCAUGACAGAACCAACUGCUGCAAUUGAGGAACAUAGUGAUGAAGGAAGAACUAAUGGCGAAAAAAGUGUAGAUGAUAAGUAAUUAAUUUUGAAUAAGUCCCAUAAUUUACUCCAUGCUUCCGAUAUCACACAGAACUAAGAAGACUUACUAUCGAUAAGUAAACUCUCCCUCAAGUCACGUUUUAAAUCGGCAGUCCAAAAAUCGUUUCGCACUCCUCCUAGGAAAUCAUUAUUUAAUCUUCUUAUAUCCAACGAGUUUAAUACUUACCAUGAAAAGGAGAGAAAAUCCAUCCAAAUUAAAUUCGAACCUGGUAAUUAGGUGCUAGCAUCCAAAUUAAUACAAAUGAAAAAAGAUGCCAAUAGGAAAUAGUGCAUCAAAACAAAGGAUAUCAAUAGACAGUCUCGUUUCAUAAAUGUUGAGCAGUUUAGUGUAUCAACUAAGGCAUUCUAAAGAAAGAUUAACUUAAUACAUGGAACAAAUUCUAGAAAUAUGUUACAAUUGGAAUCUUUUUCUUUACUUCCAAAAUCUUAAAGGAAAUCUGCAAGUUUUGUUUCGAAAUUACAUACUAAUCUUCAAUUAGGAAUCUCGGACAAGGUAAAUGAAAAGAAUGAAGAACUCCAAUUCAAUUAGAAAGAUAUCAAAGAAUCUGAAAGAGUAUAAAUAAAUUUAACAGUAACCUUUGAAAACGUGGACAAGGCAGUCUACUAAUUUAAUAAACCGAAGCAUAUUUAUCAUAAAAAUAUCCUCUUUAAUGAAGAAAUAUCGCAAUUAUAAAAUAUUUCACCAAAACUAACUCCAAGAAUCCUUCCGAUCUCUUAGCUAUCUUCAAGUAAUCAUCUAUAACUUGCCUCAACUAAAAAAUUGGAUUAUAAUUCAACUUUAGUCAAUGUAAAAACAAAAAGAUAAUCGAGAUUAUCAGUUCAAUAAGGAGUGACAUAGGAUGAUGUAUCAAAACUUGAGUAGUAAAAUGAAUUCAAUAAACCUGGGUUAUACGUCCGAGUUUAUUAUCAAAACAAGUUAUAUAAACUGAUAUAGAAAUCCAAUUAUACGAGAGAUAAUUUAGAAGAAAUUGAAUAAAAUUUUAGAUCAAAUUUUGCAUCUCCGAAUAGCAAUUUACUAAUGAACACUGCUUUCACCAUGAUGUCAACAAUAGAGUAGGGAAUGAGAUAGAGAAAAGUUACGAAUGAAUCAUUAACAGAAAAAAUCUAAUUUUUGGGUUUAAGGUUGUCGAAAUAUGAAAUAGAAUCUGAAGAGUUGAUCUUUGAUUAUGAAAAUGAAACAUCAAAUGAUAAUACAGAAUCGAGUGAUGAUUCAGAAUCUGAUGUAUCCUUAGAUAAAUUGUUGGAGAGUCCCUUGAAUCCCAUAACUAGAACCAUCAUCAAAAAAUAAAAAGACUUCUAAACGAAAAAAAUCUAUUAAAGAAACAUCAAACUAGCAAAAUGA